AUGAUUGACGAGGCGAAUAACCUUCACCGCAAUCGUGAGGGAGGGGAUAGCUGGGGGUACCGAACGAGCGAACAAGCGACGGCGAAGAGGGCGCGACAACAACGACAGCAACAGCGACAGCGACAGCGACAACGACAAGGACGGUGGAGGGUAAUGCUGCGUGUGGAGAAGGAAGUCGUUCUCGUCGGCAAUGCUGCAGGAUUCUCUGCAGCGCUCGACAGCAGGCAGGCCGCAGCUAAGAGGGCUGACCGAGCCAGGCGAGCAACGCACGCCCCGCCCCGCAGUCUGAUCCAAGUGGCCGCUUCUUUGCAGCGACGGCGUGUCCAAUGCUUCUACACUGUCAGUGCGCCGUGGGCGUCGCUGGCAAGUUGUUCCGUGGGAGCGCGAGACGAGCUGUAG